AUGAGGUAUUUGAAUCAAUCAAAUGUUGGUUUUACAGGGCAGAUUCCUAUUGCCAUUUCGCAUUUGACAAGCUUGGUUACUCUUGAUUUAUCUAUCAAUUUUGACUUCUUCGAAACUGGUCCUUCCCUAACAUUUGAGAGUCCAAAUUUAAAUAUGCUCCUUCAGAACCUUUCAGAGCUUAUCGAACUUUAUCUUGAUGGUGUAGUUAUAUCAGCGCAAGGUAAGGAGUGGUGUCACGUCUUAUCAACUUCGAUGCCAAAUUUGAGAGUGUUUAGCUUGUCAAACUACAAUCUUUCAGGCCCUAUUGAUUCCUUGUUACAGAAUCUUAAGUCCUUCUCAGUUAUUUGGUUGAAUGGUAACAACUUUUCUUCUCCAGUUCCAAUUUCUUUUUGCAGAUUUCAAGAAUCUGACAUCUCUGGAAGUCUCCUCUUCUGGGUUGAAUGGAAAGUUUCCAAAAAAGAUUUUCCAGGUUCUUUGCCAGAAUUUUCUCCAAAUGUAUCUCUUCGAACCAUAGUUCUCAACUAUACAGGAUUUUCAGGGUCAUUGCCACAUUCUAUUGGCAAUCUUAAAAUGUUGUCAACAAUAGAUCUUUCGAAUUGCAAUUUUAGAGGAUCAAUUCCAAACUCAAUGACAUUACGACUUUCCAAUAACCAAUUUUCUGGGCAACUCAAGGAAUUUUCCACCAUUUCUUCUAACAAACUAGAAGAGCUUGAUUUGAGCAAUAACGAGUUGGAAGGGCCAAUACCCAUAUCUAUAUUUGAACUUCGAGGUCUUCUAGCAUCGGUCAGUCCCUUGAAUCCGCACAAUUCUUUUUCUAUUUCAAGUAAUAAAUUAUAUGGGAGUAUCCUUGGAUCAAUAUGCAAUUAUACAAAUCUUCGAAAUCUCAAUCUGCCUGAUAAUUACUUCAAUGGCACAAUUCUCCAAUGCUUGAUUGAGAUGAGUGGGGCUCUUCUUCAAGUGUUGAGUCUAAGGAGAAACAAUCUCAACGGUAUAAUUCCUGAUACUUUUCCAGAGUCUUGUUAUUUACAAACUUCAGCUAUCAAUAAAAACCAUCUAGAGGGAAAGUUGCCGAAAUCUCUGAAGAAUUGCCAUUUAUUGGAGGUCUUGGACAUUGGGAACAACCACAUGCAUCGAGGACACCUUCCCAUUUUACUUGAAUGGAUUAGCCAUAUUGAAGUAACAGUUUCUAGCAAGGGUUCAGAGGUGGAGCUGGUGAGGAUCCUAACUAUCUUCAUCACCAUUGAUUUUUCUAGCAACAACUUUGAUGGUCCUAUACUUGAAGAAAUUGGAGAAUUGACAUUGUUAUAUAUUCUCAACUUGUCACAUAAUGCUUUCACGGGCCAAAUCCCAGCAUCUUUAGGGAAAUUGAGUAAUCUUGAGUCACUAGACUUGUCAAGUAAGAAGCUUACUGGAGAAAUUCCUAAGCAACUCGCCAAUGGUCUUAUUUUCCUUUCGGUCCUCAACCUUUCGUUCAACCAAUUGGUGGGACAUAUUCCAUUUAUCAAGCAAUUCUCUACAUUUUUGGAAAAUUCCUUCAAAGGAAACGAAAGAUUAUGUGGUUUGCCUUUGAAAUCACAGUGCUCACAUGAGGAGCCACGAUUCUCACCUCCAACGUAUGAAGAAUCUCAUAGGAGUAUGAUCGAGUGGAAUUACAUAAAUGCUGAAAUGGGAUUUGUUGUUUGGUUUGGAAUUGUAAUGGGGCCCCUUAUGUUUUGGAAAAGGUGGAGGUUAUGGUAUUACAAACAUGUUGAUGACAUUCUUUUCAAGAUCUUCCCUAAAGUGUAUCUUGGAAAUGAAUAUUGUUAA